AAUGUCGUGGCAAACAUUUGUUGACACUAAUCUCCUGGGAACCGGCAACAUUCAUCAAGCUGCCAUUUUUGGUCUUGAUGGUACUUUGUGGGCAACUUCUGGAGGCUUCAAUCCAAAUGCCGAAGAAGUCAAAAAUAUUAUCGAGUCCUUUGAUAAUACUGAAAAAGUUCAGGGAAAUGGAAUACGUUGCAAUGAAAAAAAAUACUAUUUCGUUUCUGGCCAAGAAACAGAUGAUCGUAAAAAUUAUAUAAGCAUUCAUUGCAAACAGGGUGCCGAUGGUAUUAUUGCAGAGAAAACAAUACAAGCUGUUAUUAUUGGGACUUAUACCGAAGGUACCGCAGCUGGUGCAGCCAAUAAAGCUGUUGGGGAUUUAGGUGAUUAUUUAAGAGGGUUAAAUUAUUAG